AGGUUUCUCGUUUCUCAAGAUGAAGAUCUUUUUUCUCCUUUUUGUUGUGGCUGUCAGCCAUGCGCUUCCUCACGAUGAAUGGGAAUUGUUUAAGAUAUCGCAUGGGAAGAAGUACAAAACAUUAGCAGAAGAACAACACCGAAUGAAUAUUUUCUAUGACAACAAGCAGUUCAUCGAAAAUCAUAAUAAAAAUUUUGAACAAGGCCUGGUCUCUUUCACUCUGGAAAUGAACCGUUUUGGAGAUUUGAUGAACCACGAAUUCCGAACAAUGAUGAACAGAUACAACAGUACAAAAGCAGCUAGAACUAGACAAGAUUCAUCAACUUAUAUCAGAUCAACCGAUGAAGAAGUUCCCGAAUCUUUUGACUGGAGGCAGGAAGGAGCGGUCACCCCUGUCAAAGAUCAAGCACACUGUGGCUCAUGCUGGGCUUUUAGUACUACUGGAGCUCUUGAAGGACAACACUUCAGGAAGACCGGGGAAUUGGUUUCUCUCAGCGAACAGAACUUGGUCGACUGUUCCAGCAUGUACGGCAACAAUGGGUGUCAAGGAGGACUCAUGGUUGACGCUUUCAAGUACAUUGCUGAAAAUGGCGGCAUCGACACUGAAGAUUCUUAUCCUUAUGAAGGAAGGGACGGCAUGUGUAGAUUCAGGAAGUCAGCUGUUGGUGCUGUUGACUCGGGAGCAAUCGAACUCCCGGGAGACGAUGAAGAGGCCCUCAAGAGUGCAAUUGCAACAAUCGGACCAGUCUCCGUUGCCAUAGACGCAGGGCAAGAUUCAUUCAGGUUCUACAAGAGUGGUGUCUAUGAAGAUAGCAACUGUAGCCCCGCCGGGCUGGAUCACGGAGUCCUUGCGGUUGGCUACGGCUCGGAGGAUGGACAGGACUUCUGGUUGGUGAAGAACUCCUGGAACACCGGUUGGGGAGAAGAAGGCUAUAUCAGGAUUGCCAGGAACAAGGGAAACAUGUGUGGCAUUGCCUCAAUGGCUAGUUUCCCUAAAGUAUAACCUAGUCAGGCAGGUCCUGCUGUUGACAUGCACUUGUUGUUGAAAUGAAUAAAAGUUUUAUUAUUGAUUGAA